UCGCCCACAAAAAUUCACCACUAAAAAUUCACCAAUCAAAAUUCACACACAAAACUCUCCCUAAAAAUAAUGUCAGCCAAACAGGUGAGCUUCGAGGAGGACACUUCCGUCUCGUCCCGCAUUACGCUGUUCAACAAGCGGGCAGAGGAGCACCAAAACUGGAUGGUCAUCAAUCCUUUCGCUCACUACACCGUGCGGGAGAUGCCCAAGCGGCUGAUACGCCAGGAGGACUAUGGACAUGCGCCACAGGGCAGCAGAUCGGAGCAGAGAUCGCAGCAGGCGCACGUCCAGGCGCUGCAGGAAGUGCUGCAGCUGUGCAAGGUGAUCCACGAGUUGGGUCAGCCCAGCCCCAAGACGGGCCAGAUGGGCCUGUCCUUUGGUGAGCUCUUUGAGCAUUACAGCAGCAUCUCCGGGAAGCUGAUGGGCACACUAUUGGUCGCUCGAAAGUACGGUCACGUCGCCUUUGAGGGUGAGACGCUGUUUCAGAGCAAGGACGAGCAGGUGCCGGUGUGUCUGCUGCGAUCCUACGACGAGCUGCGACUGGAAAUCAUGGCCAAGGUUGAGGAUCUCAGCGGGACUGCCACAUUAAAGGCUUAGCGUGGCCCGAAAACUGUCACCUGAUCGCUGACCCGUG